GCCCCCUGGCGGCCGAAGAGGAGCGGCCGCGGAAGCCCCACAUCACUUUGGAAGCCCCUUGGAAACACCCCAGGAUGGAUGGGAAGGAGAAGGGGGACAACAUCGAGGAGAGGCUGGAGAAGCUGAGGGAAUCCCUGCAGAUCCCCCCGGGAGUGCCCCCCCCAUCCCGGCAGCGGCGGCUCCAGACGUGUGACCGUGUGCUCCGAUCGUGUGUGGAGCAGCUGGGCCGGGAGGGUCCCCCCUCCUUUGGAGCCCCCCUCAUGGCCCUGGCCCAAGAGGCUGCCAGGGGCUACCUCAGCUUGGUCCCGAACCCCCCGGACCUGUACUUGGAGAAGAUCCUCUUCCACUUGCUCAGGAACGCCGUGAAUUCCUGCUGGAGGACCGGGAAUUCCUGCUGGGCUGCGGCUGAGCUGCUGCGGGAGCAACUGCGAACCUACACCCCCCUCCAGGACCCCCCCAAAGACUUCACCACUGUCACCUACAACACCUUCUGUGUCCUCUGGAAAGGGGCAGCGGCCCUGGCAGGGCCUGACCGGCCUCGGGAAGAGGGAAGAUCCCUGUUUUCUGCCCAAAUCCGUGCCCUGCGCUUCCUGCUGCUGCUGGAGCGGGACGGGGGGUCUCUGCCCCCUCUGCAGCCCCCCUUCUUCACCUCCCAGACAGCCCAAAAGGCAGCAGCAGCCUCUGCCCUCUAUGAGGCCGAGAGGGCUCCCUGCCCUGUGUUCCUGGCCCGGCAGCUCCGGGAAUUCCUCCUGGAGACUCUCCGGGAGGAAGCCCCAAAUCCUCCAGGGAUCCAACACUCCCUGUGCUUCCUAGAGCUCACCCUGGAGUGCUCCAGGCACCUCUGCAGGGCUGGCAGGUUCCACGAGGCCCUGGAGGCCCUGGAGGAGGCCAAGGCAUUCCUGGGGCGCUCCAGGGAGGAUUUGGGGGCCCCCCUGGUGCUACUGGAGGCCGGGAUCCAUCUGGGAAAGGGGAGGUCCCCCCCAGGGCCCCUGCUGUCCCAGGCAGCUGCAGCCCUGAGGGGGGAGGGCUCAGAGAGGACCCUCAGGGUGCUGCUGGAGGGGGCCCAGUUUGUGACGGCCCAGCUCAGGGAGGUGACGAGGAGGAGUCGGGAGCUGCCCUUCAGCCUCGAGGACCUGCCCGGGCUCUGUGCCUUCACCGAGGGGCAUUGCUGGGCCCUGCAGCGGCUGCUCAGCAGGGUGCCCCCCGAUGCCCUCAAGCAGCAGGUAACGGUGAAGCAGCUCCUGUUCCGGAGCCUCCAGCUCUUCUCCAACACCAUCCACGACACCUUCCAGGGCUCCCAGCCCUCAGGGUGGCUGGGGCUGGCCCAGGUGAGCAGGAGCUGCACCCGGAGCGUGACCUGGAUGGUGGAGGCUCUGGGGGGGCUCCCCGAGACCGACAGGGCCAAGUUCCUCGAUGUCACCGCCUCGUGCACCUUCAAGUUGGGCUUCGCCUUCCAGAGCCGGAACUUUCUGGAAGAGGCCGGAACCAUCUGCGAGCCCUUCUGCAGGGGGGUGGGGGAACUGGGGGGCUAUGGCUGCCCUGACACCCCCCCAGAGAGGCUCCACAAGUGUUUCCGGAUGCAGGUGGAGAGCUGGAAGCGCCUGGGGCGGCCGGAGCAGGCUCUGGGCUCAGUGACCACGUGGCUCCUGGCCCUGGCUCAGCCUGGGGGACCCCUGGCCCAGCCUGGGGGGGUCCUGAGGGCCCAGCCCGGGGGGCUCCUGCACGAGCCCGUGGGACUCUGGGCCAGGAUCAAAUCGGAGGCGGCCAAACAGGGCCGGGAGGAGCUGCGGCUGCGGACCCUCAGGGACUCCCUGGAAGGCCAUUCCCUGGACAGGGCCACCCUGGUGUCCCUCCUGUUGGCCGAGCUCCAGGCUUACAAGUGCCUGAAGUGGGACACAGGGCCAGAGCGUUACAACGUCCUGUGUGACCUCCUGGACCUCUGCCCCGAGGACCCCAGGGGGCUCCUCCCGAGGGCUCUGGGGCUCCUGGAGCUGGCCCAGGUCCUGUGCUACCACAGCUUCGCCCCCCACACUGACUGCUCCGCGCUGGACGCGAUCCGGGAGGCCCUGAGGCUGCUGGAAAAGGUGCCCCAGAAUUCCCAGAACCGGGAUCAGCUCCUGGAUGAGAAGGCCCAGGCCCUGCUCUGGCUCCACAUCUGCACCCUUGAGGCCCAUAUGGAAAAGGGCAUGGAGAGGGAGCAGAGGGGGAGGACCCAGGGCAGCAGGAACCUGGAAGAGUUUGAGCCCAACGACCUGAAUGCCGAGGGAAGGGCGGGAGAGGAGCUGGAUCCACAGGAUGGGAUCAGCUGCACCCUGGACACUGACAGGGCUCUGACCAAAAGCCUGGAUGAAGCCUUUUCUCUAUGGAAGCAGCUCCUGGAAUCCCCUGGAAUUCCCUGUGUUCGGAGCCUGGAACAAACCGUGACCUCCCUGCACCUCCUGGCCACCCUCUACAAGCUCCUGGCCAAGCCCAUCCAAGCCCUGGAGAGUUUCCUGCUGCUCCGAUCCUUGUGCCGGAGCCUCAGUGACACUCCCGGCGCUGCCUGGGCCUUGUCCCACCUCACCCGCCUGCUCCUGCAGCUGGAAUGUCCCACCCAUGCCCAGGUUUUUCUGGAAGAGCUGGAGUCCAUCCUGAGGGAAUUCCCAGGUGGAGAUGAAUCCCAGCAGCUCCUGCAACAUUCCUGCCUCCUGCUCCGGAGCCACCUGUGUUGUGUCAGCCAAAAAGUGGAGGAGGGGCUGUCCCUGCUCCUGCAGGUUCUCCAGAGCCCCCUGGCCCAAAAGGCCACCAAGGGCUGGUACCUGCUCCAGGCCCAGGGGCUCCAGGUGGUGGCCACAUACCUGGGAAUGGCCCCUGCACACCUGGAUCCAGAGCUCCGGCACCGGCUGCACUGGAAAGGCUGGAAGACCCCCAAGGUGGCCCUGAUGGAGGUCCAGAAGCUCCUUCGCAGUGUCAUCAUCUUCCUCCUGGGCUUUGACAUCCUGGGGGGCUCCCGGAGCAACGAGGGGGCAGAGCAAUUCCAGGACUAUGGUGCCAACGUGGUGCUGAAGUGGGAGGUGCUGGGGGAGGCCCUGUGGUGCUGUGAGCGCCUGGUGACACUGCUGGGCCAGGCCGAGGUGCUGUGCCGGGCCAGGGCCUUCUGUGGGGAGGCCCUCAGGCUGUCCGGGCUCCUGCAGGGCACACGGUGGUGCACGUCGUUCCUGCUGCUGAAAUCCCAGCUGGAGCUGCAGCAGGGGGAGCUGGAGCUGAGCCAGCUCAACCUCCAGCACACCCUGUUCCUGCUGCAGCCCCACCAAGUUUUGGGAUCUGCCUCGGGAUCCUUCCUGGAUCCAGUGCUGGAGCACCCAGGGGUUGACCUUGAGCUGGGCGAGUUUGGGAUUCAGGUUGGAUCCUUGGGCUGGAGGACCCCAAAUAUCCCUCCCUUCCAUCCAGAGUUUAAAUCCAGAAAGGAGAGUGUUGGAUCCAGGUUUCUCAGGCUGAAGGACCCCAAAUUAACCCUCCCUUCCCUUUCAGAGCCCAAACCCCCCCAGGAGCCCUUGCUCCCACCCAAGAUCCACCCGAGGAAGGGCCACAUGGAGCCAAGGAGGCGCUGGGACCACCCCAGAAACCCCUCGGGGGAGGAGGACGAGGGGUUCCUAAAGGGCCCUGCCCUGGAAUUCGUGGCUCCUUCAAGCUCCCAGGACCCUCUGAGUGCCCUCACAGCCUCCCCUGAGCUGAAACCCGGGAAGAAGAUGAGCCUGGCCUUCCUCUCCCACCCCUGGAGCUGCCCCUGCUGCCUCUGCUCAGACCUGGUGGUGUCGGUGCUGGGCCUGCGCUGGGCCCUGGCCCAGGCCCGGGGCCGGGUCCUGGCAGGGGAAGGGGCUGCGGGGGUGGCCCUGGUGAGGAGGGUCCUGCCCCGCUGUGCCAGGGUGGGCCACAGGUUUGCCAGGGAGCUCGGCCACAGGCUGGGGGGGCACCGCGGAAAAGGGGAGCCCCUCGGGGACAGGGACUACCCCAGGAACCAGGACUUCUCUGGGAAUGGGGACCCCACCAGGGACAGGGACCCCCUUGGGAACCAGGACCUGGGAUUGCAGGACCCCUUUGAGGACCAAGACCCUGCUGAGAACUGGGAUCUGCCCACCCUGGACCCCCAGAACCCCCCCAGAACGAGACCCCAGCCCACCCUGGGCCUGCUGGACGAGCUGGUGGCCAUGGGCUACUCCACGCUGGCCCUGCAGAGCCUGAGUGGCACCGGGGGGCUCUGGGACCCCCAGGAUGAGGAGCUGGAGUGGGGAUUGACCUUCCUGGGGUCCUGCAGCCCCCACCUGCCCAGCCUGGGGGUCUCCAGGGCCACCCUCCUGCUGGCUAAGGCCAUGGCCACCCUUGGCCACCUGGCCACCAAACUGGGCCUCUCUGUGGACGAUGUCCUUGCCCAGGGCUGGACUCUCCAACUACAGCCUCCCCCUCCAAAAAAGACCCUGAAAGACUCCAAGGCUGAACCCCAAAAGCACAAACCCGCCCCCCCCAAGGCCAGGGGGGUGAAGCCCCGUGGGGUGGAACCCUCCAAGGAGAAGCCCCCCAGAGUGAAGCUCCCCAGGGUGAGCCCCCCCAGCCCCCAGGACGUGUUUGCUCCGGGGGACUUGGACUCUGAGGUUGUGCCCCCCAUUGCCAUCAGGGGGCCCUGCACCCCCCACCCCAAAGCUUUUCCCUCCUUCCCGGGGCUCCCCGGCCUCCCCAGGACCCCCUUCACCAUCUACAACGAGGCCUCACCCCCUCCUUGCAAGGCCCAGCUGAGCAGAGCCCCCAGAGCCCAGGGGAGGGUCAAGUCCCGCCUGAAGCCUGAGGUUGAAGCCCCUCUGUGUUCUCCCCACCCCACAGGGAGGGUCCAGCCCAAGGCCAGUGAGGACGUCUCAGGCAGGGGGGACCCCCCACCAGGUUUGGGGGCACCCUUGCCCAUGGCUAGAGGUCACCCAUCCCUGGACUCAGUUUUGGUGCUGCUGCAGGAGGCCCUGGGCUGGAUCAGCCACUUCCCCCCGGGGUCCCUGUACGGGGGGCUGUGCCAGCUGCUGGCCCUGCUCAUGGGGGACAGGGACCCCCUGGGCACAGCGGGGCUGCUCUCAGAGUCCUUGUGUGUCACCGCCCGCCACCAAAUGCUGGGCAUCCUGCACAGCCGGGCAAGGAAGAAGAGGAAGAAGGAGAAGUUGGGAGGGGAUGUGUCAGAGCAGCUCCAGGGCCUUUCCCUGCGGGAAGGGGGGGACCCCCCCCAGCCCUGCCCUCGCCUGGCCCAGCUCGAGGGGCUCUUCCAGUUCAGCACCUCAGGGCUGGGGCCUCCAGAGAGGGAACAAUUCCGGGAGCAGAUCCAGCAGAUCCCCAGUGGGGUGACCGUGGUCCUGCUGGCCCUGGGCAGCCCCUGCCCGGGGGCCGUUGGGGACACUCUGCUCCUGACGCGGCUGGAGAGGGACAUGAAGCCCCUGAGCAUCCGGAUCCCCACCCACAGGUCCCAGGCCCCCCUCAGCUCCAUCCUGAGGGAAUUUGAGUCGAUCCAACGUGAGCAGAAGGAAGCCAACGGAUGCACAGACAAGCAGGAGUGGUGGUCACGGCGUUCCCGGCUGGAUCAGAGGAUGAAGGCCCUCAUCCAGAACCUGGAGUCCCAUGUUUUGGGGUGCUGGCGGGGGCUGCUCCUGCCCAGGCCCCCUGGGAGCUCUCCCAGCUUGGCCGAGGAAUCCUCCCGGCUCAUCCCGGAGCUGCGGAGCUGCGGCUGGAACAACCCCGACCCUGCCCUCGUCCAGGUGCUGCUGAAUGGGGCCCCUGCACUGACCCCCCCUGAUGUCCAGGCCUUGGCCUUUGGCCUCUGCCCGGCCCGGCCCCUCCGGGCACGGCUGCUCCUGGAGGAGGCCCUGGAGGGGGCCCUGGAGAGGGACCGAGGGGACAGCAGGGGGUCCCUGGUGCUGCUGCUGGACAAGCACCUGCAGCGUCUCCCCUGGGAGUCCCUCCCGGCCCUCGGGGCCGUGCCGGUGACGCGGCUCCCAGCCCUGCGGUUCCUGCUCAGCUACGUGAUGGCCCGGCAGAGCUCAGGGUCCAUCCUGGCCCGGGGGGUGAACCCCAAAAGCACCUUCUACGUCCUGAACCCCCACAACAACCUGGGGGGCACCGAGCAACGUUUCCGGGCCUGGUUCGAAAGUGAGCCAGGCUGGCGUGGCGUGUCUGGCUCUAUCCCAACCCCGGAGCAGAUCCAGGAGGCCCUUCUGGAGCAUGACCUGUACAUCUAUGCAGGGCACGGGUCGGGGGUGCGGCUCCUGGACAGACAGACCCUUUCCCGGCUGGAAUGUCGGGCCGUGGUGCUGCUCUUCGGCUGCUCCAGCGCCGCCCUAGCCCUGAGGGGGGGCCUGGAGCCCACCGGGACGGUGCUCAGAUACGUCAUGGCCGGGUGCCCCCUGGUGCUGGGGACGCUGUGGGACGUCACUGACCGGGACCUGGACCGCUUUGCCCAGGCUCUGCUGCAGGGUUGGCUGGGGGGAGGCCCCGGGACCCCCCUCCUGCCCCACCUGUCCCAGGCCCGCCAGGCCCCCCGACUCAAAUCCCUCAUCGGGGCUGCGCCCGUGGCCUACGGGCUGCCCGUGAGCCUCAGCUGAGGGGGGUCCCUCCCAUUGUCUUUGGGUUCCCCCCAUUGCUUGUGGUGUGAGCUGGAGGGUCCCCCAGUUGGUUUUGGGUCCCCCCUGUUACCUACAGGCUCCUCAUCUCCCUGUGGGGAUGGUUGGGGGGUCCCCCCCAUUGUUUGGAGAUCCCCUUGUUACCUUUGCGUUCUCCCCAUUGCCCUGGUGAGGAUUUUGGGGUCCCCCACCACCGUGGGGCCUUUUGGGGGUGUCUCUGUCUGUUUUGGGGUCCCUGUGCCUGUUUUGGGGAGUUUUGCACGCCUUAAUUUAUUUUAAUGAAAUUGGUUUUAUUCGAGUUUCUGCAACAAUGAAAUAAAUAAAAGCUG